AUGUUUGAAGCAGCAGCAAAUACACGAAGAGGUUCUCAAGCAGCGUCUGCACAUGAACGACGGGAAACGGUCCCGAAUAUACGUUCACCGUCAUUUUCAACGGAAAACAAUUCACAACGGACUAUGUCAACAACGGAAGUUGACCUUGAAUCAGUUCUUCAAGUUCGUCGACGUGGAUUAUCUAAUGCAGUUGAAAAAUCAAAUGAUAUACUUAAAGAAGAUGCACGAUGUGUAUUUCAUGGUGAUUAUCAUGUUUUAACAGACAUAUUUCAAAAAUAUACAUCGCAUAUUAAAAUUCAUCAUAAUGAUCCUGAAAUGAUUAAAAAUCAUGAUCGUUUAUCAGGAAAACUUCAUAUAACAAUUGAAUUACCAACAAUGUCAUUAAUUGAAGUAUUAGAAAUUUUACAUAAACAUUAUUUUUCAAUUGUGGCUAGUUCAACAAAUUUUGCAUCAACAACUAAAUUACAAGAAUUUAUUUUAUUACGUAAUAAAGAUAUACAAGAUAAUAUUCGUUCUUUACCAAUAAUUGACACAAAAACUUCUUAG